AAUUAUUAUGAAUAAAGAACCAAACCUAAACGAUAAAGAGAUUACUAAAACUCCGGAGGGAAUUGAUAAUAAUUUUGUUCCUAGUAAGCCACGGCAAGAAAUUGAAUUCUCGUUAAUAGAAAAAACUGGUAGAUUAUGGCCUUAUCAUGGCGGGAAAAAGGCAUUAAGUGCUAGCACUCUCACGAAGUUUUUACGAGAAAUAGAGUAUCAAGAGAUACCAGAAUACAUUCUUCUCAAAGCUGCGGAACGGGGGAAAAAUUUUCACGACAUUAUUCAGGAGUUCGUGGAAAACGGCAAUCAUCCUCCUUUUGUUGAUUUGGUAGAGAUUAACAAGUUAAAUAAAUUAGAUAAACGA